AUGGCGACCUUCCCACUCAAUAUCCCACCGGAGCUCUUGCAAGAGCUCUCAAAAUACACCACACCAACAGGAUUUGCCGAUUAUGCCGCCCUAGCCCUACUAGGUGGAAUUGGAGCCACAUACCUUUCAAAAGGACGGCUAUGGGACAGACCAGACCCAUUGCACCAUCUCUGGUUCGAACAACCUCAGCUAAAGAAUGGUGGCCAAGCUGGCUCAGCCAACAAGGAGACACGCAACAUCGCACAGAAAUUGGAAGAGGCAGGCAAGAAUAUCGUGGUAUUCUGGGGAUCUCAGUCCGGCACCGCAGAGGGUUUCGCCCACCGUCUUGCCAGGGAGAUCUCCAUCCGCUGGGGUCAGGAAACCAUGACUGCCGACCUCUCGGAUUAUGACCCGAUCACAAUCAGUGAAAUCCCCAACGCCAAGUUGGCUAUUUUUGUUGUUUCCACAUACGGCGAAGGAGACCCCAGCGACAAUACAGCGGAAUUUUGGAGCUGGAUCUCCAAAGCCAGCGAGGUCUCGCUAUCCAGCUUGCGAUAUGCUGCCUUCGGUUUGGGAAACACCAACUACAAGUUCUACAACCGGGUUGUCGAUGUUGUAGUUGAAGGUCUGAAUAAGUUCGGCGCUCAGGCUCUUAUGCCUGUUGGAAAGGCAAAUGAUGCAGAGGGGGCAACCGAGGAAGACUUCAUGUCAUGGAAAGAGGAUCUUUUCACGAUCUUCAAAGAUAAGUUGGGGUUCCAAGAGGCCGAAGCCAAAUAUAUCCCAAACAUAAAGGUCGAGGAAGAUGAAUCUCUUGAGCCUAUCGAUCUGCAUCAUGGCGAGCCUAACAACCGCGUUGAAGCCCCAAAGGCAGCGGCUCAAUCCUCCGCCGUCCGCACUUUGAGCAUUUCAGAUUCUAGGGAGCUCUUCACUUCGUCUGACCGCCACUGUCUUCACAUGGACAUAGACCUGACCAGCCAGCCAGAGCUAGGCUACAAGACUGGAGACCACCUUGCUGUUUGGCCCGGAAACCCGGAUGUUGAAGUUGAACGCCUACUCGAUGUCCUCGGAAUCUCCUCACGCCGCGAUAUUCCACUUAGUAUCACGGCCCUCGACCCAGCAACCAAAAUCACGAUCCCAACCCCGACCAGCUCCAUUGCCAUUUUCCGUUACUACCUCGAGAUCUGUGCACCCGUCAACCGCGACACCGUUGGCGACCUAGCACAAUUCGCACCCACCCCGGAAGCAAAGGCGUAUCUUCUCGGGCUUGGCCAAGACAAGGAUGCAUACGCGAGAUUUAUCGGUCACACACAUAUCAACCUCGGCCGACUGUUGCAACUGGCAUGUCCCGACAGGCCAUGGGAUAAUCUGCCACUCUCAUACCUUGUCGAAACACUACCUCACAUCCGACCCCGGUUCUAUUCCAUCUCAUCCAGCAGCGUGGUCUCACCUCGCAAACCUUCCAUCACAGCGAUUGUAUCAACUACUCCUCUCCCGGAAAACCCCAACGAGCUCAUCCACGGUGUGACUUCCAAUUACCUUCUCGCCAUCUCUCAGCAAGCGCGCUCCCAAUCCCAUCCCAGUGGAAUCACCUACCACCUAAACGGCCCCAGUGAGGCACUCCAAGGCGGAAAAAUCUUCGCUCAUAUCCGCCGAAGCAAAUUCAAACUCCCCGCACUGGGCAGGACGCCAUUGGUGAUGGUCGCAGCAGGAACGGGGAUUGCGCCCUUCCGGGCGUUCUUAUCUGAGCGGUGUCAACUUCUGAAGAUCGGUAAGGAAGUUGGACAAAUGAUUCUCUUCUUUGGAUGUCGGAACCCGAAUGAAGAUUACAUCUAUCGCGAGGAAUUGGAAGACAUGCAAGCGGCGUUGGGGGAUCGGUUGCGUAUUGUCACUGCUUUCUCUCGAUUGGAGGGGACGCCUCGUCGGUAUGUGCAGGACCGGCUUGGCGAGUUCGGGGACGAUGUGAUUGGAGUUAUUGAGGAGGGUGGUAAUAUCUAUGUCUGUGGGCGGGCUGGUAUGGCUCGUGAAGUUGAGAAGGUUGUUGGGCAGAGUAUGAAGGGGGCUAAGGGGUGGAGUGAUGAUGAGGUGAAUGGCUGGAGUAAGACAAUUAAGAAGAAGAAUAAGUGGCAGGAGGAUGUUUGGGGGUAG